AUGAAUGAAAUUAUGUAAGAUAAUUUAUAUGAGUAAAAAGAUCAAAUAGUGGAACAAAGUCCAAAAUAAAGGUUUAUAAGAUUUAAUGAUGAGUUAGGAUUCGGGGCAUAUAAAAUUGUUUACAAAGGAUAUGAUAAUGACUCAGGUUGUGAAAUAGCCUGGAAUCCUCGUCUUAAAAUUAUAAAAUCAUGGUGCAAAUAAAUAUUAACAGGACUAAACUACCUUCAUUAGCAAGAACCUCAUCCAAUAAUACACAGAGAUAUAAAAUGUGAAAAUAUAUUCAUAAAUACAUCCAACAAUUAAAUUAGAAUUGGAGAUUUGGGAUUAGCUUUGACUUUAAAAACUGAUUAUACAGGUAGCAUUUUAGGUACUCCAGAAUUUAUGGCACCAGAAAUUUAUGAAGAGAAAUAUGGAACGCCAGUAGAUAUAUAUGCCUUUGGAAUGUGCUUACUAGAAAUGGCUACAUUAGAAGUGCCUUAUAAAGAAUGCAGAUCUCCUGCAUAGUUAUCUAAUAUUACAGCCAAUUCAUAUAAAAAAACCUAAAAUAUGACUAUGAUAUUUAGUAGUUGUGCCAAAACAGGAUCGGAAAAUGAAGUUUUCGACACUAUUUUAUAAAAGUUUCCAGAUGCAGAUUUAUUUAUUCACUUAGGAGAUUUACAUUAUGCAGAUAUAACAAUUAAUAAAAUUUCUUUAUACAAAGAAGCGUUUUAUAGAGUUUUCCAAAGUAAAAAAUAGCGUAAUUUAUUCGAAUAAAUACCUAUUUUAUAUGUUUGGGAUGAUCAUGAUUAUGGAGAUAAUGAUUCUGGAUUUUCAUCUCCUUCUAAAGAAUCUGCGACAUAAAUAUAUAUGGAUUAUACUCCUCACUAUGAUUGA